GACUUACCAUAAACAUUCCUAAAUUGCAUGCUGUCCGAAACCGUUGACAAAGGUGACUACUCCAAGUCAAGCAAAUUAGCCAGAGAAAUUUAGUUAUAAUAGUGGAAGAAUUACGACUUGGGUGGGAAGCCCCUAGCUGCAAGGCGCUGAAUUGGUCAACAAUUGAAGUUCGGACACUUGAUGUGACUUUUGAAAAGUUUAUUCUACCUGUUUCCUCCUUUACAAAUUGCUUAUAUUACCCCCAUCUGAAGCUUGUUGAAGCCUGCAAGAAACCAAUGCUUUUAAUUCUUUUUGCAAAGCUCUUCUAGGCGGCUGAGGUUUCUUUACAAAGUCUAGAUCCAUUUGUUUAUCUUGGUCUUCGUCCCCACCAACCACGUACUUCAUCAUCAACAUAGAAAAAUAAAACGCCUCAUAUUCUAUUCCCUUGGUAAACUUGACCCAGCAUCCUCUGCAGUCCCGACUGAUGGGUGGAUUCAUCAUUUUCUUCCUUUUCUGUGUUCUCAUCUUGCAAAGCUCUGUUCUUGAGGUGACCCAUGCAAGGUUCCAAUCAACAAAGUGUGGAGAUGCAGGUCCUGACAUCCACUACCCAUAUCAGAUAAAAGAUCAGCACCAGCAGUAUGAGUCCCUUCCUGGUUUUGAGCUUCUUUGCAAAGAUAACCUCACCACCAUCCACUUUCCAUCUUAUGGAGAUUUAGAAGUGAAGUCUAUCUCCUAUGACACCAAAAACAUUCACCUCCUUGACCCCAAAAAAUGUGUCCAUCAUGUCUUUCUGAACCUCAAUCUCUCCCUCACUCCCUUCCACUACUUUUAUGUUCUGAAAAACUAUACAUACCUCAAUUGCUCAACCACCCUUCUACCUCCUUUCGUGGAGAUUCCAUGUUUAAGUGCUGCUAGUUAUCAUGUCUACACAGUUGACCCUGCACUACCAGUGCCAGCUUCAUGUGCGGGAGUUAAAACCGUUGCCAUUCCUUUUGCAUAUAGCCCUUAUCUCUCUGACAGUAAACUCGGUCUUAGAUUAACAUGGAGCAUGCGUGAACCUGAAGACAGGGAAACAACAAACGGUGCUAGAGGUUCCCAUACAUGGCGUAACAUAGGUAUUGGGUUCGGCAUGUUUGUUUUUGUGAUGGCAAUGUUAUUGCUUAUAAGAACAAAGAUUAGUGUUGCCGCGAGGAAUAACCAUCUGAAAGAAGAGCAGUUAUUGCAUAGUUAGACAGAUUUCUGGCAGACAGUAAUAGACUUUUCAACAUUAUUCCUGUAGUUACAUAAUAUUUGUUAUAUUUCUCUUCUAGCUGUACCUGUUACAUCUUCCACUUGAAUAUAUUUUGUUCUUAUCUCACGUCAGAGGAAACCUACCAAUCAGUGUGUAUACGAUAUUGAAUGACAUCAUUUUGUCCUCUUA